UACCACAUUUUCCCCUUUGCAAUGGGCCAAGAAGUUAUAUAUGCUGACCAAAACUUAUCCAGGGACUCAAGUCUUAAAAGUUCACCUCCAACUCUUCCUCCUCAAGAGAUACUCUUACAACAAAAAGCAACAGCAGGAAAUAAUACAAUGUGUGUAGAAGAAGACAAAAUUAAAAUAACAGAGAGCCCACAUCUGUUAAAGUGCCCAGAAUCUUGGCAACCACUCCUGGAGAAAUGCUUGCUGUUUUCAUCUACUUCUAACAGCUGGGAUGAAAGUCUAGCUUAUUGUUCCAUAAAAGGAUCUAGUCUGCUGCUUAUUCAGGAUCAAGAAGAGUUGAAACUCAUACAGAAGCAGAUAGGUAAUAUAGGAGUUCACUUUUGGAUUGGUUUAAAAUUUUCACCAUCAGAAAAGUCCUGGAAGUGGACAAAUGGCUCUUUUUUAAAUUCUAACAUAUUACAAAUCACUGCUGAUAUUAAAGAAAGCAACUGUGUUUCCAUCUCACAGAAAAAAAUCAUUUCUGAGAACUGUGAUGCAGAAAGUAGAUGGAUCUGCCAGAAGGAGUUAGAACCAACCUAUAAGAAAUAA